AUGAGGGAAUUAAGCGUUUAUUUGCAUUACCUUUGUCUGCAGGGAGAAGUUGAAGUGAUAACACCCCGUGAUGUAGUGAGCAUUGUUUGCUCCCAACAAAUUCAAACUCAAGAAGAACCCCAACAACAACAACAACAACAACAACAACAACAACAACGACAACCAGGGUUAAUUAGCUCUCAUCGUAGUGAAUUAAAUUCAAUUUCUGUGAAGCUAUAUGAAAUGCAUCAACACCUUGCAUUAGUUCUUAGUGAAGAAGAUUUUAGUGUGUGUGACAGAAUAACUUGUGUGCAAGCAAACAGUAUUAAACAACAUUGUACUCAAAAACAACAACAAAAAUUUGAGAAACUAAUCAACGCGCAAACUAAACAACGAGAGCAAAAUUCAAUCGAACUUAAAAAAGCCGUUGUCAACGUAUCAAAUAUAGACUUGAGUCCAGCAGCCACAAGCAUUCUAAGCAAAGGUUUAAACUUUGCACCCACUCCACGUCGUGUGCCAAUCGAGACUGUGAUAGGCAGUGUAGAAGAAUGCAUCUCGCGCAACAAACUCAACAGCAUUGAUGCCGAGACAAUUCGACAAGACGUAGCGGUGCUGGUUAGAAGAACAACAACAUCAUCAACAACAACUAGCAAUGUAAGCAGAGACGAAUGGGUUGUAUUGAAUGAGUUGCGUAGGGAAGAAAGAAUUUUCAUUCUCCCUGCAGACAAAGGUAAUGCUACUGUUGUUGUAAAUAAAAGUGAUUAUUAUGAUAAGAUGACGUCGCCUCAAUAA